AUGAACAUUAUCUCAAAAUAUGUUGAUAAUACUGUUCAUAAUGCUAUAAAGUCUGUAGCUAUUAAUCUUAAUAUGCAUGAUAGGAUCGGAUGGAAUUCAACUAAGACUGGAGAACUCACUACAAAGUCUGCUUACAAUUUCCUCACUGAUCUGAAGUUUGAUAAAAAAGAAGCUAAAUUUUGGAAGCAAGUCUGGAAGUUAAAUUUAAUGCCUAAGGUUAAUAUAUUUUGCUGGAAACUUGUGUCUGGUGCCUUAGCAUUAAGAUAUAAAUUGUCUAAAUAUAUCAAAAAUUCGACUCCUUUCUGUUUAUUCUGUGAUACUAAUGUGGCUGAGGAUGAAUGUCAUUUUUUUAUAAACUGUCCUUUUUCUAGAAAAAUUUGGGAUGCUUUUGAUCUGUGUGAUAUCUAUAAUCUUCAAGGUCAUUAUGAUAUUAUGAUGUGGUUUAAUUAUUGGAUGAAUAACAAAGUUCUUAAAGAUAAGCAUGAUAAAAUUUCUUAUAUUACUCGGUCUAUAUGGAAAUAUGGAAACAGUGUGAACUUUGACAAUGUUAUGCCAUUGCCUCAAAAGCUUGUCGACUCCAUAAAAGUUUCUUAUCAGAAUAGAGUUUAUUCCAAGGACAACACUUCUAGGCAUAAUGUUUUAUCUGUCCGAAAGCCUGGCAUUGAUAUUCAUAUUGAUUACAGACACAACUUUGAUUGGUUCAUCCAUUUUGAUGCUUCUCUCUUUGAGGCUGAUUUCACCAUGGGUUAUGUUGUCUCAAUUUUGGAUAAAACAUGA